AACUGACGCUUUGAGAGCGCGCACGCUGACGGAAUAUUCUGGGUAUUAGCUGACCGGGUUUCUGGCAGCUAGCGCGCUUUUAUGCGAUUUUUAGUUAGAACCUUUUAAUUGAAGUAAACACGACUCGAGCACAACAAUGAUGCUAACGCCUCUCGUUUACUGGGCCCAGCGUCACGAGGAAAUUUACCUGCGAGUGGAGCUCACGGAUGCUCAGAACAUUGAUGUCCAAGUGCACGACAAAGUUCUUCAGUUCAGAGCUCGAGGUCAUGGUGCCAAAGGACAAAACGAGUACGAGUUCAGCCUGGAGUUUCUUUUUCCAGUAAAGCCUGAGGUAAGUUACAAGUCCACACAGAGGCAGGUGAAUGUCGUGGUGGGGAAGGAGAAGAGAGGCUGGUGGGAAAGGCUGGUUACGCAGGAGCGUAAGCCCGUCUUCCUGGCGCCGGACUUUGAUCGCUGGCUGGAAGAAUCAGAUGCUGAGAUGGAGAUCAGGGAAAAAGAAGAAAGAAGGAACAGGCUGAGGUCUGCAAGGCUCAAAGAACCAGGGUUUAUUAGCCUUAAAACAGGCUUUUUGUUUGCAUAUAACUUGGUCCAGUUUCUUGGAUUUUCGUGGAUAUUUGUCAACAUGACUGUGCGCCUCUUUAUUUUUGGAAAAGAUUCUCUCUACGACACUUUUCACACCAUAUCGGAUGUGAUGUUCUUCUGCCAGACCCUGGCAGCAGUUGAAGUUCUUAAUGCUGCUUUUGGUGUGGUGCGGACAGGCGUAGUUCCCACCUUCAUUCAGGUGAUUGGAAGGAAUUUCAUCCUCUUCAUCAUUUUUGGGAGUUUGGAUGAAAUGCACAAUCGGCCGGUCGUGUUUUUUGUUUUCUAUCUUUGGAGUGCAAUUGAGAUUUUUAGGUACCCCUUUUAUAUGCUGGGCUGUUUCAACACGGAGUGGAAAACCCUCACCUGGCUGCGAUACACAGUCUGGAUCCCGCUGUACCCGUUAGGUGUUUUAGCUGAAGCCGUUGCAGUGCUACAGGCCAUUCCCAUCUUUGACAAAAACAAGCUUUUUAGCAUUCCGCUGCCUAAAGCCAUCGGUGGCUCUCUCAGCUUCUCUUAUGUGCUUCAAGGCUAUCUUAUCCUUAUGUUUUUGGGGCUUUUUAUCAACUUCCGUCAUCUUCACAAGCAGAGGAAGAGGCGUUUCCGCACCAAAAAGAGGAAAGCCAAUUGAGCUCAACCACAUUCCUCCAACACCUCUGCUGCCUGCUCAUUUCUGAACUUUUACAAUCCUCACAUUCCCAAACAACUCUGAUCAAAUAGGGUUUCUUUUUACUUUUGAAGAAAAUGUAUUUUCAAUGUUAUGGCACGCUUGUUGUCUCUCUCCUUUCAUUUGUAUUAUCAUGACCCUAAAGAUGAGGCAUCUUUUGCUCAGUCACACCAACUGAGUCAUUUUUCAGGUACGGUUCAGAAACCACAGAUGUUGUUCUUUAAAAUACUGGGCUUCUUUAUCCAUCAGCUUUAAUGCUGUGCUGUUUUAUCAGGCUCAAAUGCAUAAUUGCUCUAGAACUGUCUCUUAAAGCUCAGGGAAAAGGCAACAGUUAAAGAAUUGUUUCCCUCAUUUUAUUGAGUUUUCGUUAAUAUAAAAAUCAUUUCUCACUUUAUUCUCAAAGUCACUUGAAUUUUCAAGGCAAACCUGUUUUCUGUGAAUAUGAAUGAGGAUUACAUUUGAAUGGUGUGUCAAACAUUUCUUGAAUAAACAUGGGAGAAAAAAAAAAA